AUGGCCAACCUCACUUCCACAUGCCGUCUCAGCAAUGUCGGCGAUCUGGAGCCGGCGGUGUUCAGAUCCGUCGCCUGUGUGAAGUGCCUACUCUACAUUUAUAUGGUUCAACCGCCGUAUAAAAGUUUGUACGGCUUCAACGAGAAGAACGUCUGCGAAGACGGGUUCUUGUUUUGUCCCGAGGAUUCGGACGACUGUAGCUGCGAAAAUGAAAAGUAUUUGUACAAUCUACCGGAGUUUUCGAUGAGGUAAAUUUCGGGUUUUUUGGGAGCUUUUUGGGAGUUUUUUGAAAAAAAAAUAUUAUUUUUUUUCAUUAAUUUUUAAUUAAUUUGAGAUUUUUUGAAAGAAAAAUUGUUAUUUUUUGAAUUAAUAAUUGAAUGUCUGAGAGGAAAAAAUCAAAGAUUAGAAUAAAAAAAAUUUUUUUGCGAUUUUAAUAAAUUAAUUUUUAAUAUUUUUUAUUUAUUUUUUUGGUUUUUUAAUAAUCUUAAAAAAAUGUUUUUGCUUAUUUUUUUAAUUCUAAGAUGUUUAUGCUGAUUUUCAGAUCAGUUAGAAAUCUAAAUUCCUUAAAUGUGACUCCCCCAUUACCUCGAGACUUCGAGCCGAUUGUCAGAGAUUGUUGCCAAGCCGCUGAUUCAUGUUGUAACAAUGUACUCAGCCAUGAUGCUUACGAAGAGGAUCAUGAGGGUAGGUUUCGUAAAAAAUGAUAAAAAAAUAGAACUUCUCAUCGAAAUUUUUGUUUAAACAUAUAUUUUUAGCCGACAAAUUACCGUAUUUUAAAAAAACCGCUUAAAAAUCUCGCUUGUCUUGAAAAACAUAAACAGAAGAUUUUGAAAAGUUUUUGAAAAUGUUGAAUUAAGGUAAAUAUUUCUAUUUGAGCAACGAGGAAAACACUUGACCCAAAAUUGGAGACGAGAGAAACACUUGACUCAAAAUUGUGUCAAGUCUUUCUCUUUAUCCAGAACAAAAACUGCAGUCACACAGCUAUAUAACAUAUCGAAAGGGUCCGAACAUUUUAUUCGUUAUAGAAAGAUUGCGUUGUACCGAGGUUUGUAGCGGCCUAAAAUUGACGUCAGAACCCCACAAAUUCGUUUGUUAUAGACACUGUUUGCUCUACUAUAGCUUCUUGUACAGCGGUAAAAGAUUUGGAAAAACUUUUUUAAGUCAUCAUUUGUGGGCUAUCGGUAAGCUAUUAGAAGCCAGAACGCCGUAUUUUACCCUAUUUAGAACCUAUUUUUUAUAUCUGUCUAACCAAAAUUUAUCAAGCGUUAUAACAUUUCUUUUAUCAGUCUGCCGGAAAAAUAAUGUGGGUUCGCCGCGUUUAGGAAUCGCCGCUCUGCGACGGCUUGCGGCGGCUGGGGUUUGAUGCGCGAUUGCGAGGCAUUUUUCAGCCGCAAAUCCACAUUAUUUUCCCGACAAACUAAAAUCACACACGCAGCGAUAUCCAAGCUGUUUUCUAAGUACCACUUUUUCAGUCUCCUGUCCCGCCACUUGGGAUGGUUGGCAAUGUUUCGGCCGCUCUUCCCCAGCAAUUAUCCAGCAAGAUUGCCCUUUAUACAUCUACGGCUCCGCUUGGCAACAAGAUAUUAGUGAGUAAAAUACGGUAUCCAAAAUAUCUCUUGUAUUUUUUUUAUUUAGAAUCCGGUGUCAAAAAAGAAUGCGAGAGUAAUGGAGAGUGGAGUACGAAACGGCCGGGAUAUCUCGGCUUCUCCAGCGAAUACACGGAUUACACUGGCUGCAGCUUCAAGGAGGUCUGGUUCGAGCCGAUUUUGAUUUUGACUAUUGUGGCCUACAUCAUCAGCGUCAUCUUUAUUGUGUUCACAAUUGCGCUGAUUUCGUCCAGCAAGUAAGUAAAUUGAAGAAAUUAAAUGCCGUAUUUUACAAAUUCUCAGAAUAAAAAAUUCGAUCUGUAAUACUAAGGGACCUGAUCCAGUGGCAAAAAACGUGCCAUUUUGGAUCCGGGAAGUAUCAAAAAUGUGGCAAAAUGCUUCACUCUGCAAGUGAAAAACUCCGAUUUCAAAUGCGCGGCAGCUCUUUUCGUGAGGGCGCCCUUUAAAACGAAGUUUUUUUUCUCUUGGAGAGGGAAGCAUUUUGCCACAUUUUUGGUGCUUCCCGGAUGCAAAAUGGUACGUUUUUGCCACUGGAUCAAGCCCCUACUGUAUUUAUGCUAACUCUAAAUUUUAAGGCGUGCUUUGAACAUUUCAGAAGCGUUUUUUGUGAGGGAAAAGGCGUGCAUUUCAAAACGGAGUGUUUUUUAUUGCAGUGGGAGGUAUUUUGCCACAUUUUUGAUACUUCCCGGAUGCAAAAUUAUGCGUUUUUUGCCAAUGGAUUAGGUGCUUGACUGUAUAAGGAUGGAUGAAUAAGACGGUCAUUUUUGGGCCGAGCUGGUAAAAGUCCUUAUAAGGCGAUAAAUGUCAUGUCUCGUAUUAAUGAUAUUAAUGAAAGAAUGGACGUAUUUUACACCGUUUAGAAUCUAUUUUUUUUUUGAUAUCUGUCUAACCCAUAUUCAUCGAACAUUCAAAAAUUUCAUUUACCAGUUUGUCGGGAAAAUAAUGUGGAUUCGCGACGCUUCGCAGCGCCUCGUUUCGGCUUGGUUUGGUACGCAACUGCGACUACGUGCCAAAUCCCCAUUAUUUUCCCGACAGACUGAGUUUAAAACGUUUUCCCGUAAACACAAAGGAUGAUCAUAAAUUUUUAUCAUUCUGUCGGGAAAAUAAUGAGCACUGCCGUUGCGCCAACCGCGUGGCUGAAGUGAAGAGCAAUUUGAUUUUGUCGCGGCGGAAUACAUUUUUAUGAUGCGACAGAGUGGUCAUUAUUUUCCCGACAGACUAAUAUGUGUAAUUAUUCAAGGAACCAUAGUAAUUCGCACUUGUUAUUUUCAGAUACCUAAAGAAACAAUACGUCUUCAAGAUCCACCGGCAUCUCCUGUUCUCGCUCCUCUUCUCGUCGCUGGCCUACAUUGUGAAUGCCCUUCUGUUUACGCCCUUUUCCCAUUAUGGAAUUGAAUUGUAUUUCAGUAAUCAUGUAAGUCCAAGAGUCCCACUUUUUUUCGCAUCUCCCCAAACCCCUUAGGGGAAUUGCCGUUUGGGCAAAUAAACAAGUGGCAAAAAAUGCAAUUUAAUUUUGCUUUUGAUCAUGCGGACUUGUAGAAUACAUAGACAAAACAAAGAAACGGCAAAGUUCGAGGGAAAUUGUAGAAAAAAGAUUUGAAAAUUGAAACUGUAGGAUAAAAAAUGAAAUUUGCUUGAUGUCUGAAAAAGAGAAAGGCAGAGAUCAGAACAGGUAAUUAGAAAGAUAUCUAUGAAAAAAUAAAAAAAUUUAAGCGAAUAUCGGUUUUUCGGGAAGAUAAUGAGCACUCUAUCGCAUCGAAAAUGGCAUUGCCGCCGAGAAAAUGAACUGUGUCGCGGCAAUAAAAUGCUUUUAACUUCGUCGACGCGAUUGGCGCAACGACAGUGCACGGCAUUCUGUGCUGUUAGGACACAACCGAUCUCCGCGACAUUUGCAAUUUUUUUCGAAUGUGGUGGACCCGUAUUUUAAAAAUUCAUCGUCAAACGUUAAUGUAAUAUGUACAACCCAAGACAAAAAGUCCUAAUACUUACAGUGUGUCGGGAAAAUAAUGAGCACUCUGUCAAAUCGCUCAUCGGUCCAGCAACUUCUGUGCUCAUUAUUUUCCCGACAAACUGAUAAAACAGCUGUGUUUUUGCGAGGUUAUUUUUUCAUUAACACUUUCAGAUCCUCUGCCGGAUCCUGUUCAUAAUCCAAUUCGCCUACUUCCCGUUGACCUCGUUUUGUUGGAUGUUGGCUGAGGGAAUCCAUUUGUAUUGGCUGUUGUUCCGCUCUUUGGCCCAUGGCUCCCCUCAUAUAAAGUUUUUGCCAUGGGCUUGUUGGGGAUUACCGGUUUUGUUGACCAUUCUUUAUGCGGUUCCGGCGGAACUCUUCGAUAGUGAUCAAUGUUUGACGGAGCCGUCGAACAAUUGGUGGAUCCGGGUGUGGCUGGUGGCACCGAGGUUCAUUUGCUUGGGGGUGAGUUUUUGAAAUAAUAAAAUUUUUUAUUUUUGCAAAUUUCGGAAGCUUUCUGCUUUUAAAAAUUGGAAAAAAUGUAUUUUUUUAUUUUUUCAAGUAUUAUUUUUUUUAUUUUUAUUUUUUUUUUAUUUUGUAAUUUUUUUUAUUUUUUCACUUUUUUUAUUAUUUUUUUGAUUUUAAAAGUUUGAAAUUUAAAAUUUUUUAUUUGUUUUUUUCUUAUUUUAUCUUUUUUGAAUUGUUUAUUUUUUUUUGUUUUCUUUUUUGAUUUUUUAAAAUUUACCCUCUUUUCAGGUGAAUGUCAUCAUUCUCUCAGUGACUCUCCGUUUGCUUCUACAAAAACUCAAAAUGAACACGAAUUGCUCAAAAUUACGGAAUUAUUUGUAAGUUUCCAACUUCAAAUAAACUUUAGGAUAUCUCAAAAGUCAUAACCAUCAAACAAAAAAUUCCAAAUAUAAACUUAAUCUGUUUUGUGAUGUUUGCAACUUGAUUAAUCCGCUGUUUUUCAGGAAGGUGAUGAGGGCCAUGUUGAUGUUGGUUCCUUUAUUCGGAAUCCAUCUAUUUCUGGUCAUAAUCGAGACCGGAAAGGCGUCAGAUGUACAUGAUAUAAUCAAAAUGGUCGUCAAUGGCUUUCAGGCAAGGAAAUUUGCGUAAAUCAAAAAAUUUGCAUAAUUAAAAAUUUGCAUAAAUUAAUAAAAACCAGUGGUAUUUUGAUGAAUUUACAUAAUUUUAAUUAAUUCCACAUAAUUUUUAAAAUUUGCAUAAUUUCAAAAAAUUUGCAUAAAAUCAAAAAUUUGCAUAAAUAAAAAAUUUCAUAAUUUUGCAGAAUAAAGAGUUAUCUUAGAAAUUCCAGUCAUUUUUUGCAUUUUCUAAAAUUUCCAUAGCCAAUAAAAAAUUUGCAUAAAUUUGCAUAAUACUAAUCUUUCAACUUUCAGGGCUUCCUUGUGUCCUCAGUAAUAUGUUACAGUAAUCGAAUGGUAAGAAGAUUAAAUAACACUCCACUAAUCACCCACAAAUGUCUGACUGUGGACAUUCUCCAACAAUACUAACACUCUGUCCAUCAGUUUGUCCUAACACUGUGUUUAGAGAGAGAGGGUAACCGUCAUUCGCGUGGGCUUCUUUGUGCUCUUUGUGAUGAAAGAAGGUUUUUCUGUGACAUGACAGCUAUCUUAACAAAAAAAUUUUUUUUUGGCAAAGAUACGACUAAUUCACUAUGUUUUCUCCGUCCGCCCUCCAAAUUUUGCGAACUCUCUCGUCGGCGAAGAUCGGUGAAUAUCUCAGCGGUCUCUGCAGCGAGCGGGCUCAAAUUUCCUGGCAUUUUGAGUUAGGCUAGAUACAACGUAUGUGCAAAAUCUAAUGCAAAUCUGUUAGAAUCCAUUUUUGGAAAACGCGAUUUUUCUUUUCCAAAUCUCAUCAUUAUUCAUAUUUUCCGUUAAAAUGAUGGUUGAAGAUCUCAACAAUCCUUGCGACGCAAGCUCUAAAAUUUUGACCAUUAAAUGUACAAUCCUUUGAGAGUAUGACCACAAGAUUUCAUCCCAUUUGACUGUCAUUGCCUUAGGGAAUCGACCCAUUUUAGUGAAUAGGUCGCUAAAUUCAAAGAAAUUUUAUUUUCUUCGUUUUCCAUCUUGCUUCUCCACGGCUGAUACUUUGUGAUCAGUGCAGUACACCUGUCAAAGAACAACCCACAAACUUUCUUUCCCGUCAACAUGCUUUUUGUUUCUAUUACUGUUGCUUUUUCUAUCAACGCUCUUUAAAAAUACACUUUAAACUGAAGAUAUAAAUAGUGUCCGUAUCUUUUUUACACUCAAUUUUUGUUGCUUUCACUGUGAUUACAAAUGUUUAAAAAGUGCAAAAAACAUUUCUAACUGCAUCUUCUUUGUUUUCAGAAACUUUUCCGCUCCAAACGUCGCGGCCGGUUCGCGCUUUUCUCGAGCGACGUGGUCUCCCACGACCGUCUCCAUUCCGACUCCAAAUGCGUGUUGGUGGCGUUGCAGAAGCAGAACGAAAUCCGCGAAGCGCUGCAACGCAAAUCGACCGGAACUACAACCGCCUCCGGACAUUAG